UUUAAUUGUUUGAACUUUCCCGCUCCUGCAUAUCUGGACACGAUGGCCAGCACGGGACUGCAGCUGCUCGGUUUCCUCCUCUCUCUGGUCGGUCUCGCUGCCACAGUCGCCGCUACUUUAAUGGUUGAAUGGAAAAAGCAGUAUCAGGGAAAGACGCACCGCAUCCACGAGGGCUUGUGGAUGAGCUGCAGCGGCUACGAGAGAACAACUUGUGAACUAUAUCAGUCCCUCCUCAAGCUUCCAACCGAGAUCCAGGCUACCAGGGCUGUGAUGCUGCUCAGCAUAUUGCUCUCUGUUGUGGCUGUGCUGGUCUCCACAGUGGGGAUGAAGUGCACACACUUCCUGGACGGAAGGCCUGAAAGCAAAUCCAUCACAACCAUGGUCGGAGGAAUCCUGUUCAUUAUUGCAGGUUUGUUGACCCUGGUCAUAACCUCCUGGUAUGUCAGCACGAUUGUUCAUACCUUCCAAGUAUCCCAUCACCUGGAAAGCUACGAGUUUGGUAAGGCGGUUUUUGUCAGCUGGGCUGGAGGCCUCCUUACGAUGGCUGGUGGUGCUUUCCUGAGCUGUCGGAGGUGCUCCCGGACGAGUCGCCUGAGUCCAUCAGUGUAAACCACCUCCUCCCAUCAGGCAGUAACCAGAAAUCCAACUAUGUCUAGAGGAGAGAACAGCAGAAGGCCAUGCAGAGGCCUCAGACCAGCAGUGAUUUUACAAACUUGAGCAGGAUGGCAGGCUGUGAUGAUGAACUGUAACCCAGUCCAGGAUUAUUGAAUACUACCUUCUGUACCACGAGUCAGGAACCAGCAUCAGGAUUGCUCACAAAACCAGACUGUGUGUACAGACUCUGAAUCCCAGUUUUUUUUUUUUUUUUUUUUUUUUUUUUUUAUUUCUUUUUGUUUAUCAGUCCAUGUAAAUCCAUUCAGACAAAAAAGGUAAAGGAUUAAACUUUUAAUUUACUUCAUAGUCAAUUUUCAAGUGAGUUCAUUAUUUCAGGUCUAUCAGUGCAUUUAAACAAUGACUUUGUAACAGUAAGAAAUCAUCAAUAAUGAAUUCAGUAUGUUUGUUUCAUUGAAGUGUAGACAGAGAGUUUUGA